GCCGUGUUCUGCAGUCUUCCGAAUCCGUGCCUCAGUCUGCCAAGCCGCUUCUCAUUCUGGACGCCCAGUGCCGACACCAGGCUCUGUGCAGUCACUCGGUCGGUCAGGAAUUCAAUCUUCAUUCCGCAGCACUAUACAACUACCUAGGUAUCACCCUUGGCCACUACCGUCUCAUCACUCCAGCAGGGACCCGAAUCUCGAAAACUCCCCGCUUUGGUCCUCCUGCAGUUCCUUUGUUUCUUCACUCCCUGGUCGAGUCUUGCCUCCCGUUACUCGAUCACCAACCCAUCGCAUUGUCCUCGAUCCCACUACAACGACCUUGAGUCAACGGCCUCGCGUCAUACUGCAUCCCACACCUACUUUUCCGCUUCCUUCGAACGUUGACCCGAGAAUGAUUUGGAUCUGACUUGCACCCGAACCGGCAACCGAACACCAUGCUUCAAACUCAGCAUCUUUAUUCGCACCAGCAGCAAUACAGCCAGCAUGACCAGGGUGCCUGGCAACACGGCGGUCUACAGCAAAACCACCAACCGCUGAAUCAUGGCCAGCAGCAGGCACAGGCUGCUGCCGCAGCUGCCGCGGCCGCACAACAGCAACACUACAACCGUCUCGCUCUCAACCAAAACCAUAACUCGUCGCACGCGCAGGGCGCGAAUCGCCAGUCCUCCGGUGACAAUGCGCAGAAUCCGAUAGUUUCCUCUUUGACAACCAUGAAUGAACAGGGUUCACCCGGCAUGGAACAACAGCUUUCAGAAGAGAACCGCAAGGUGUUACAAUGGGUGGCGGAGCUGAUGGACCCGAACCGAAGAGAAGGUGCUCUGAUGGAAUUGAGCAAGAAGCGAGAGCAAGUCCCGGAACUCGCCUUGAUUCUUUGGCACAGCUUCGGAGUCAUGACCAGCUUGCUUCAAGAAAUUAUCUCGGUCUACCCUCUGCUGAACCCGAGCCAGCUCACUGCCGCGGCUAGCAACCGCGUGUGCAAUGCACUUGCUCUACUUCAGUGCGUCGCAAGUCACAAUGAGACCCGUGGUCUAUUUCUUCAUGCCCAUAUUCCGUUGUUUCUCUAUCCAUUCUUGAACACCACAUCCAAGUCGAGACCUUUUGAGUAUCUGCGGCUCACUUCCUUGGGCGUUAUUGGCGCUCUGGUCAAAAACGAACCGUCGUCGAGUGGCUCAAUGAAUCCGGCCGGCACGCCAGGAGCACCAGGCAACACCAGCAAUUCUUCUCCCACGAUCAACUUCCUUCUCACUACGGAGAUUAUCCCCCUGUGUCUGCGCAUCAUGGAGACGGGCAGCGAGUUGUCCAAAACAGUUGCCAUUUUCAUCGUCCAGAAAAUCCUUCUUGACGACACAGGGCUGGGUUAUAUCUGUGCUACCUAUGAGAGGUUCUAUGCCGUCGGGACCGUUCUGAGCAAUAUGGUCAUUGGUUUGGUCGAAACCCAGACUGUCCGUCUCCUGAAACACGUCGUCCGAUGUUUCCUCAGGUUGAGCGACAACAAUCGAGCACGUCAAGCACUUCGCCAAUGCCUGCCAGAACCAUUACGAGAUGCCACCUUCUCGAACGUCCUUCGUGAUGAUGCAGCAACCAAACGAUGCCUCGCUCAACUGCUCAUCAAUCUGAGCGACACGGUCACCGACACGCAGAACGAUCAGUUUGAAUGAUUUCACGAAGGUCGGCCGCGGUGCGAGGCUGAUGCUUAUUUGCUGUGCCAACAUACAGGAUGACAAAUGAUACCCUCCAUCAGAAUGACGAAUUUUUUCCCAGCAUUGCGACCGGCGAUUGACGACACCGAGGAUAUUAACAUGAAACAGGGGACUUUGGAGUACUGGAAGGCUCUUAUCCAAUUUUUGCUUUUGGUGACAGGACCUUCGAACUGGAGUUAGCUUAGAUAUUACACCUCUCAGUGCGCCCCGAGGUCUCGACAGUUUCUGCUUUGCCGGACCGAUACUCGGAGCAUAUCUGAGCAAGCAGAAUGUAACAGGAUCCGGCGGCAUUCUUGGUGACGGUGAAGGAUGGAUUGCUGAAUUGGGGCAGAGCACAAAAGAAAAAAGUCUUUUUCACAACAUUGGGGGUUUCUUGGAGCUGCUAUUUUCACUUGUUUAGGGGACGGGGUGAUUCAAGCAAACUCUGCAAUAUCACGACUUUGGCACGAGCGCGGCAGGGAGGAUGAUGGUCGCGAGGAGUUUUUCUGGCAUAGACAUGCUGUCGCGCGAAUUUACCCCAUUGAUGGGUGGCCGGCUACUGAUGAGAUGUCUUUUGGAGGAGUCAAAGGCAGUGCGGCUCUCAAUCUGCUCUUUGUUCUUAGCAGUUGGGCGUUGGACCCUGCCCUGUUUUACAGCACCAUAUCAGACAGAUAUUGUAUAUUAUCAAUUUGAUGACACAGCUUAGACAUGACUAUCAUAGUUUCGCGAUUGUUGAAAAUCUAUUAUUAGCAGCCG